AUGUCAACCCUGCCUAAUUAUGCAUGUAUUGGAUGCACAAACACAAAUGACCAUCAAAAUUGUACCACUACCCCGCCAAGUAAGAACAACUCGUCCCAAGUGUUCGUCGGUCACACUCUCGGACCGAUUGUAUAUGCAUGUCGAGUGUUCUUGUUGGUGCACAUUCGGAGCAGCUCGUCCCUCGAGCCAUUCAUAGGGACAGGAACAAAGUCAUUCCUAGCCUCCGAAGCUAGGCCCCAGUAA